AUGAAUGCAAAGCCCAAAAACAAGAGAGGGAGUUUGGAAUAAAUUGGGACAAGGGGAUUACUAAUACAAUCAACAAAAGGAGUCUCAGCAGUUAUCUCUCUAGACUAGAAAGAGUGGGCAAUGGAGGCUGCUAAAGGAGGAGUGGUGAAGCAUAUUUUGCUAGCAAAGUUCAAAGAUGGGAUUCCACCUGACCAAAUUGAUCAACUUAUUAAGCAGUAUGCUAAUCUUGUCAAUCUUGUUGAACCCAUGAAGGCUUUUCAUUGGGGUGAGAAUGUGAGCAUAGAGAACUUCCACCAAGGUUUCACUCACGUUUUUGAGUCAACGUUCGACAGUUUAGAAGGCGUUGCAGAGUAUGUGGAUCAUCCUGCUCAUGUUGAAUAUGCAAAUAUAUUGCUUCCGCUGCUGGAGAAAGUCCUUGUCAUCGACUACAAACCAGAGAAACUCAGUCCCUAAAUUGGGUUCACAAAUGGUAUAUUACUGUACUGAAAUCCAAUAAGAAUGACAAACUUUUCUAAAGGGUGUGUGUCUUGUUUGUUUGAAACUAUUGUAUUCACUCGAUAAGUGCUAAUGCGAGUCACUUAUGGUCAGCUCGGGCUGUUUAAACUCGAGGGAGAACGUUCUUCCUUCUUCUAAAUUCAUCGUUCAUUUUUCAGUCA